AUGCACUCCAGAGCUUACUUGUUGUUGGAAAGAGAGUAUAUGGAGUAUAAAGAAGCCAACAUUUUUGGCAUCUUUGUCACUCCUACAAAGGAUAACUUGCUGGAAUGGCUAGCCGAAGUCCAGGGACUCAAGGAUUCUCUUUGGGAAGGGGCUGUUCUCCAGCUGUCAAUAAAGUACACUGAAGAGUACAAUAGUGUCCCUCCAACUCUUAUAUUUAACACCAUUCCAUUCCAUCCCAAUGUGGAUCAACAUUCGGGGAGACCUUGUAUAGAUUUUCUAGACAAUCCUAAAGAGUGGAAUGGAAAGUUAACGAUGAGUAGCAUUUUACUCGCUAUCCAGGUAAUGCUUUCUAAUCCAGAACUGGAAAAUGCAGUGAAUGUGGAAGCAGCAGAAAUGCUGAAAAACAACAUAUCCUUGUACAGACAAAUGGUUAUACAAUGUGUUAGAACUAGCCAACACCUAGAAGACCUUUCUAGCACUGGGGAAGAUUGUGCUUCUUCUCUGAAGUAUUACUUGCCAUCUGAAGCAUCUUCUCUGGGCCAUGUCAGAAGGAUUACAACCAUUUCGUUUGAAGAUUACCACAGGAUGUGGUCAGGAAUAGCCACAUCAAAAGCAGCAGAACAUUUUAAAGCCCCAUUGUUUGAAGAUCCAGCAUUUAUAGGGAACUGCUAUGGCUGGAAGGCAAAAAAUGUGAAAGAAACAGGAGAAUGGGAUGAGAAUACAUACAAUGCUAUUGUCUCUCAACUCAUCAGAAAGCAAAGGCAACAAACAAUAGAUGAGAAACUGAUAGAAAUUAGGAAAAUGGAACAGGACAACAACCUGCUUUACCAGACUCCAGUACCAAAAAGUCAAGCAGCAGGUGAAAAGAGACCCCUCAGCAAAGAGGAAGAGCCGUGGGAGAGUGAAGUGGACAAUCUAGUAGCCUGGACUAACACUCUUUGUACCAAAGGAUUAGAGGAUUAA